AUGGCACCACCCGCAGCAAUUAUAGAGCCAGCGGCUCCAGUAACGAGUAUCUCGGGUCCGCAGAAGGGCGUUGACGGUGUCAAAGACCCCAAAAGCGCUUCUCACAAUUCUCUGGAUCCAAACUAUACAAUCAUCGAGAAGCCCAUUGGCACCCGACGACCGAUUCGCGUCAUUUGCCUUGGGGCGGGGUACUCCGGUCUUAUGAUGGGUAUUGUGUUCAAUGAGCGCAUGAAGAAUGCCAAUGCAGACUUUGUUAUUUACGAACGAAAUGCAGACCUGGGAGGAACCUGGUAUGAGAACCGAUAUCCCGGCUGUCAAUGCGAUAUUCCAGCGCACAAUUAUUCUUAUAGCUUCGCUGCCAACCCGCAGUGGCCGAAUUACUACGCGACGUCGGAGCAAAUCCAUUCAUACAUGAAAGAUGUGGCCAAGCAAUACGAAGUCGAGAAAUACAUUCGCCUCCAGCAUUCGGUCGAAUCUGCCCUGUGGAACGAGGAUAAGGGAAAGUGGGACCUCAAGAUCAGGACUGGCUCUACCUCAUUCAGUGAUGAGUGCGAUGUUUUCAUCAAUGCCAGCGGCGUGUUGAACAACUGGAAAUGGCCCACAAUUGAAGGAUUGGAGAGUUUCAAAGGAAAGCUCAUUCAUUCGGCACACUGGGACUCCAGCUACGACUUCACCGGGAAGCGCGUUGCCUGUAUCGGAAUCGGAUCUUCUGGUAUCCAGAUUGUCCCUAAGCUUGCCCAAGUCGUUGGGAACAUGGAUUGCUACGUACGCAGCCAGACAUGGAUCAGUCCAGCUCCCGGAAUCAACGAGCCGACAGCAAAGGAUCCGGAAAUGGACGAGCAUUACAAUUUCUCUGAGAGUACUCUGGAGCUAUUCAAGGAUCCUGAAGUACUUCGUGAAUAUCGUGUUGCCAUUAUGAACCGACGAGCAGAAAACUACAACCGGGUGAUUUCUGAGUGCGACCUUCAAAAGCAAGCUCAGGAUCUCUUCCGAAAGUCCAUGAUCGACCGUUUGGGUGAUAGUGAGAAGGGCAAACGUGCAGCUGAACUUUUAGUACCAAGCUUCCCAGUUGGUUGCCGUCGCCAAACACCGGGACCCGGUUUUCUGGAGGCAUUGAUUCAAGAUAAUAUUGAGUUGAGAUGGGAUGAUAUCUCGAAAAUCACCGAGCGUGGUAUUCAGACACGCAGCGGCGUUGAGUUUGAAUAUGAUGUUAUUGUCUGCGCAACCGGCUUUGACACUUCAUUCAAGCCUGCAUUCCCAUUGGUGGGCCGCAAUGGAAUUAAUAUGGCUGAGAAGUGGGAAAAAGAUGUUCCAAAAGCAUACAUGGGCAUGUGUGUGCCAGACUUCCCCAACUACUUCUGCUUUGUCGGACCCAAUUCACCGCUUGCAAAUGGGUCCCUGAUCCUUGGAAUCCAAGCAACUGCCGCGUAUAUUUACAAGUGGAUGGAAAAGCUCCAAACAGAGGGGGUUCGCAGCUUCGAAGUCGACGACGAUGUCAACGAAGAGUAUAAUCAACAUGUGCAGAAAUACCUCGAACGCACAGUCUGGACUGGAAACUGUCGCAGUUGGUACAAACGCGGCACUGUUGACGGCCCAGUUAUUGCCAUCUACGGCGGAUCCAUCUUCCAUCUCUUGGAGGCCAUGAAGAACCCGCGUUGGGAGGACUUCAAAAUGGACCGAACGCCUGAGACAAAGACUAACCGGUUCGCGUAUCUGGGAGAUGGAACAACUUUGAGGGAAACUAAGGGAGGUUCUAUCGGAGCCACGCAGACCAUCGACUUUGACGAGUUCUGGAACCUGUUUGUUCUUCCACAAGUGCACGAUUAG